CAGUGUGGCGAUGGUGUAUAGGGGGGGGAAAGUGAUCAAUCCGGCUGCAUAACGCAAGAGCGUGCAAGCGCAGUCACUCACACCGCGUAGCAACAGGGAGGGGUCGAAAGGUUUCACAAGAAAAGAUGAGUCCCAAUCGUUUUUCAGUCCCCCCAAAACAUUCUCUCGAAAGAGGCUCGGAAAGCAAAAUCGUUCUUCUCCAGUCACCAACUUAUUGGGGAAGAAGAGAGAGUCUUCUGAUGGCGACCUUUGCAGUCCCCAAGGCCGGAACGGUAGCUAGGUCAGACGCGAAGCUCCGAAUCAUACUAGUCCCUGGCGUCGGAACUUCACCACCAGUGGAGAAAUGGGGGUUUCUCAAUGGUGUCUGGAGCGAAGAGCUCUCGAUCGAUGAUAAUCACAUCGAUGUCUCGGGGCACUAUCCAACUGUCAGCGACGAGACCAGAUUCAAUGUUAAACAGUUGAUUGACACUGGGAACGACUUGAGCAGGGUCUUGGAAAAGCUGGCAAUGGAAAACCCGAUACCCAUCAUCUUUGUGACACAUAGUUUGGGCGGCAUUGCGGUUAAACGUGCCCUAUCACAGCCCAGUGCAAGGAGAGCGAAUGCGAUUGGUCUUGUAGCUGGGAUUGUCUUCAUCGGUUGUCCACAUGGCAUUGACUCAAGUCAUCGCGAGACACUCAAAAACAACUGUUCUUUCUUGUUGCAACAAUGCCUUCAAGGCAGGUCUAUCAAGAAGUUCCUGGAACUGAGAAACUGGGAAGAGGAGAUCUUGGAAGUCAACAACAUCUUUUCCAGUCGGGGGUUUCGCUUUCCUAUUCUCAGCAUCUACGAAGGUCGACCCACGAUCAAGAAGUCCUUCAUCCACAACAAACAACAGACUAUCAUCAAUUCACAGCUAGCUAGGACAGAGGCUGCCUUCGAGAAGCUAGUCGGUAUAGAUGCAGAUCAUUUUGAGGCCUGUUAUCUCCUCGAGUGUGGGACCCCUAAUAGGGAAAUCUGGGCUUGGCUGCGCCAAACAAUCAAGCAAGUCAUUCAGAGGGCUUCCGCUCACGAAACCACUUCUGGAUUACAUUUCCCAGCUAGCACUAUAUCCCAAAGCGCUGGGAGCAGUAUUGUGGCAGAGCAGAAGUCGUCAAUAUAUGCCCUGAAACAAGCUUUCGGUACAACAUCCCUAGAAGACGACAGUCUGGCUCAGGUAUCACUCCCGACACCGGAUCCUUCGAGCAUGGAGUCAAUCUUCCGUGGAUUUUCCCGAUCUUCCGAUGAGCUCGCGCUCCCUUGUCACAUGACAGAGCAGUUAUCUCUCAACAGAGACUUUCUGGGCCGUGUGGAAGUCAUGAACAAGAUUGAUGACGCGCUGUUACCAGCCAGUAGAACGGGGAACUCGGCAAUACAAGGGCAAACACCAGUGAUAGCAACAGUUUUCGGUGUAGCUGGCCUUGGUAAAACCCAACUCGCAUCACAAUAUGUGUUCACCCACAAGACUAAGUUCGAUGCAAUCUUCUGGAUUUGCGCUGAAAGUGCCGAAAAGCUCGAACUUGACUUUUGCAAGAUAGCAACACGAAUUCGCCUGGUUCCAGAGAACGGGCCCCACAAUCCUACAUCGACCAAAGAACUCAUUCACUCAUGGCUCGCGAAGCCAACCUGGACUGUCGGUGGGAAAGACGAUCAAGCAGUGUCUCCCGAAUGGCUCUUGAUAUUCGAUAACGCCGAUGACCCUCAAAUUCUGGAUGAUUAUAUCAACAUAGACGGGCCGGGGUCGAUCCUAGUUACGUCGAGGAAUCCCUUAGUCCGCGACCUUCCUGGUAGUGUUGUUCCAAUACAACUUCCUCCGUUCUCAGAGGAAGAAUCUCUGGAGUUUUUAAAAAAGACUUCAAAAGGCUUGAUCAAGUCAGCCAAAGAUCAUGAAGACGGACGUCAGCUACACCAUCAACUUGAUGGGCUACCUCUUGCCCUAGCUCAGAUGGCAGGCAUUGCCAAGCAACAGUUCCUUUCGGUUUCUGUUUUGAAAAGACGAUUGGAUGACCAUACUGAUCGUGGCAAUCUUUUUGAGGCCCAUACCAACAAGAACACUCGCGGUAAUCUUUCAUCCUUGUUCACGAUCGACGGCUUAGGUGUAGAACCACAAUUGUUGGCCGCCAUCAUUUCUUGCUUCCAUCCAGACCACAUUGAAGAGGCCAUCUUUGAUCAUCUAUUCUCAGAUGAGAUCUCAGAGGCGCUUUUUUCAAUAACUCGCAACGACUACUUCAGGGCAAGAGCUACACUUCUCCAAGCCUCCAUCAUCCGAGAGAACGACGACGGCACUACGACACACCUAUCGAUGCAUCGAGUUCCCCAGCAGGUUAUCAGAGCCAACUUGUCCAAGAAUCCGGAACAGCUAGCCAAAGUUUUUUCCAUCGCGGUGAGACUGAUCCGCAAAACAUGGCCGAUGUUACUAUUCGAGCAAAGACAUGCGAGGAGACAGGGGCCUGUUCCACGUGAGGUGCUCAGUGAUCAUGUCAACUCUUUGCGUUACAUGUACGAAACAGAGAAGUCUCUUCUGAUGCCUCAAAUUGGUUCGUUUGAGGAAACCGAGUUUCAUUUUGGCACGAUUCUUCAAGAAGCAGCCUGGUGGCUUUACGAGCGCGGCAACUUCCUCAAGGCGCGAGAAACUGCUGCCAAGAUUCUUCUCUUAUGUGAGAAGUACGAAGGUGUUGAGAGAUGGCUUGAUCUAUCCGCCCUUGUUUACGAUGUCAUGGGAUGCGUUGCAAACGGGACCAAUCGUCCUGAAGAGUCAGAGAAGUUCAACUCCAAGCAGCUGAUAAUCAGGAAGGAAAUCUCUGCCAAGACGGGCGAGCAAAAUUUCCAGCUAGGAUACGCCUUCAAUCAGAUGGGAUGUUCUUUGAUGAUGUUCAAGAAGUUCGAAAAAGGUGGUCAAAUGUUCCGUCAAGCGUUAGACAUCUGGCACAGUGUUCCAGGCUAUCGGAAAGGUUUUGCCUUGAUGGAAUACGCCAACCUUGGUAUGAGUCUGUGGCUUCAAGGAAAGAUAUCCGAAGCCGCUGAGGUCCUUGAGGAAGGCCAGAGAGAAAGCGACCAGGGCCUUGGUAAAUUGAGCAUGGUGUCUUUCAGGCCAGGAAGAGUCCUUCAUGCUCUUGGUAACGUCAGACUCAGUCAAGGUCGUGUGGAGGAAAGCGAACAAUUUCACAAGGAUGCACUCAAGACAUAUCAAGGCGCUGUUGGCAGCAAAUACCAUCGAACGGCCGACAUGUGCUACAAACUAGCACAGCACUCUAUUCGUCGAGGCGAUAGAUCGUCACUCAGAAAUGCCAUGACUUUGGUUGAUCAGGCUCUUGUUACAUACGAUGCCAACGAGGGCGCACAUGUGCCUGAGAUCGCGCGGACCACCUUUAUGAAAGCAAGAAUUCUUUACAAGAUGAAGCUUCUCGAUGAUCAAAAUGACGAGAUAUCGCAUAAGGAAGAUAUAGAGUUACUAGAGAAGGCCCACUUAAUGUACAGGCAGCUUGUUCCGUCGACACAAAUACCGCCGGGGGCAUUACGAGAGUCUCAUUUUGAGGAUUUGGUGACAUUUUGGUCCAGAUAGUACUUACCUUACUUGCGUCAUAAUAUG